AUGAGCUUUGUGUCCGAAACAAAUAUAUUAUACAGGAUUUUUUGGAGUUCAGCUGUGACAUCAGAGGAUCCAAUAGUGCGCAUCUCCGGCGCCCGCAAGCGUAGCAUUGGCCGUGAAAUCCCCCGAGUCGAGUUGAGUAUUCUACGACCAGAUUACUUUGACCUCGCACCUCACCUAGAAGGUGCACAGACGUGUACACAUUCGGAAUCCGACAAGAGAACGCGAUAA